GAACUUUUUGUUGACUUUCACUUUUACUAGUUUUUAGGAGCUUUGAGUUUGGCUCAAUCAGUGGUUCACGAAGUGGUGGUGAACCAAUUUGGGUAUGCCCAUGGUCACGGCCACCAAAUUCUUGCCGUGAAGUGAGCUUGAGAGCACCGAGAAUUGUCACGGACGUUAGGUUCCACAGCUCUCUUCACUGUGUCUCGAUGAUGAGUUUUCGGCGUGUAGUGCCCCUGGAUGUGCCCGCACCCGCACACCUUGUGCUUUACAGAGGGCUGCGUGGCACUGCCCGGGAAUUCAGGCUUCGGCCACUGAGAGCUCAUCAUUUCAAGGAGGACACAGCAAUAGGCUUGCAAGUUCCUAAUGAUGAGCCAGAAAACAAACCAAUGCCGCCUAGCACUGAGUCAGUGUUCAGGAAAAGGCAUUUACGCAAGCCCACUUUCAGAUACCCGAUAAUUGCGUUAGAUCCGGAGUUCAAGCCACCGAACAAGGAGUUUGAGCAUUUCAAGCCACCGGCAGAGUACUUCCCACAGACCGCUGAAGAGGCAGGUCUGCCGAUGAUGGACUUUCUCAAUCACCGAGAUAUGUGGCUGCGCAAGCAGAAACUCGACAUUCCGUUUUUCUGCGCUGGCUGCUACAUGGCGGUGACAUGCGGUGAUCCAAAUCACCCGCUCGGCGUCUCCCGGUUUGUGGGUAUCUGCACUCAGAUCCAUUUUAAAAACCAUGGCACAACGUUUCACGUGGCCAACGUCAUAGAGGGCAUGCCUGUCAAGAAGCAGUACGAUCUCUAUGGACCAUUCCUGCAGAAAAUCGAAGUACUUAAGGCCGAGCGUCGCAACAGACAACGCAUGAACUGGCUGUUCAAGCAGAAGCACCCACGCCACUUCACUAUACCUGAGGACAUGAAGGAUGAGAAUCCGCCAGACCGCGACCCGUAUGAUCCCGACGUUCCUUUCCAUGGAUAUGUUGACUAUGAAGACAAGCCUAAAUUUGAAUAACACGGUAUACCAUACCCCAUUAUACCAUACCAAUACUUGAUAAGAACGGCUUCAUUUCUUUGUCCAUAUUUUUUAUUUCGCCUUUCCUUUAGUGCUGUGUCUUCUUUCCCUGAUUUGGUAGCCAGGAGCUGCUGAAACACAAGCGGGUGAAUAAUAUGGAAUACAAUCAUAUAUAUUAUGAUCAUAUGGAAUGCAAUCAUAUGAUCAUAUGAUUGUGAGCAUUGCUCCGGUCUACA